CCCCCCCCCCCGGAGUCCGGUAUGUUCUCGGAGCUGAACAACAUCCUGAACAACAGCCCCGAGCAGGGGGAGUGUGUACUUCUGUGUGACAGUCAGACGGAUGGCAACUUUCUUGUCCACCAUUUCCUUUCCUUCUAUCUGAAAGGAGGCUGCAAGGUGUGUUUCCUCGGUCUGAUCCAAUCCUUCAGCCAUUACAGUCUCGUAGCCCAGAAACUGGGAGUGAAUCUGCCCGCAGCCAGGCAGCAGGGCCAACUGGUCUUUAUGGAAGGACUCCGAUCGUCUCUGGACCUCUUACUCACUCAUGAACCGGAAGGGACGGCCACACAGAGCGAGUCUCCUCUCCAGUUCCUAAGCUCCCCUGGUGCUGACCUGCGGAGCCUGUACCGGUUUGUGAGAACGUCACUCUCGCCGAGCCCCGGAAGCGGCUGGAAGUUCCCGGUGCUGAUCGUGGACGAUCUCAGUGUCCUGCUCAGUCUGGGCGUUAGCACCACCAACAUCCUCAGCUUCAUCCAUUACUGUAGGGCCAGCAUCUGCUCCCAGCUUCAGGGCAAUGUGGUGGUGCUCGCACAUGACGACGCUGACUCGGAGGACGAGGAGAAUGAGCUGCUGGUGAAGUCGCUGCAGCACCAGAGCCACCUGACGUUGCGGGCGGAGGGGCUGGUCACCGGCUACUGCAAGGACAUCCACGGGCAGCUGAAGAUCACGCUACGGUCUCCUUUGCCCGGCCGGAAUACGACCAAAGUUUUCCAGUACAAGAUACAAGAUAAAAACGUGUCCUUCUUUGCCAGAGGAACCUCACCCGCUGUGCUGUAGAGGAUUAGAUCAAAACGCUGCCACCGGUUUCACAGAGAGCCUGAGACUCCUGACCUUCUGUCCACUGCACAAAGAGUCCCGUAGCUCAGUGGUUAGAGCGCUUGCCUCGCAAGCGAGAGGAACUA